AUGUUGGACAAAGGGGAACCACCCCCGACUCGCCGUAAACCACCAGACAGGCACCCGGGUGUGCUUGACAGGCCUCUCAUGGAGCGUGACCUCUUCGCUCCAGAUAGGUCUAGAAUACUGCCGCCAAUUAGCCAUAUCCCAAAGCGAAAAGGGAGCUCACCGGCCACAGGCACCGCGCUCGGCACUAGUGGAGCUGAGCCUCCACCCUCCGCCGAACCGGCACCACUACCUCGCCGGAACCUCGCCUCGCGGAGACGUACACCCCCUGAGAUAGACAACGAAGAAUUGCAGGAGGAGAGAAGGCUGAAGGCCUCUGCAACUACCACGACUAACACACCGACUCCACUCCAAAAACAACCAGUGACAAGAGACAACUCGCCACCGGACUAG